AUGGAUCCCCCAGAGGAGGAUCUGAGCCUGCCUGGCGUGUGGAUCUCCCUGUAUUUUGGAUUCCUGGGGCUGUGCUCUGUGCUAGCUGGCGGCUGCAUUCUCUUUCUGCACUGGCGCAAGAACUUGCGGCGAGAAGAGCGUGCCCAGGAGUGGGUGGAUGUGAUGAGAACGGCUACGUUCACCUAUAGCCCGCUGUUGUACUGGAUUAAUAAGCGACGGCAGUAUGGCAUGAAUGCAGCCAUCAACAUGGGCCCUCCCCCUGCUGUCACCAAGACUGAGACUGAGGCCCCAAACCCAGAUCCUCUGUGGGAGUUGGAUGUUCCCGAAGGCAGGACCCAUGCUGUCCAAGACAGUAGCCCCAAAGUUGAGGUCCCCAUCACCCUGAAACCUGCACUGCAGCUGAUACACUAUCCCCUGCCCACCCCAAGGCCGCAGCCUCAGGCCAGCGCCUCACUCCCCAUAACGGUCUUUGAGGAGGUGCCCUUUGCUUCAUCCCUGUGCAACCUCCCUCCCAUGGUGAACCAUUCUGUCUCCUACCCUCUGGCCAUCUCUCCUGACAAGAACAACCACUUCCAUUCUCUCCCCACACUGGCCCGAGGUGACCACCGUGCUAAUGCCAAGCCUAUUGCUUCCGAAUUGUAG